UGGGAUUCAUUUCGGAAGUGGUAGAAUGACCGUAGUUUGUCCCAUCGGGGAGACAUCUUAGCUUACAGCAACCAAACAGAAAAUAACACCAAUACGUAGUCUGUAUUUAACGUUGCGGCCAUGUGGUAUGAAAUAAUACCGGGGUUCGCCAUUAUGACUGUUUGUCUGAUGAUCCCUGGCAUUGCUACAAGCAAUAUUCAUAAAUUCACAAAUGGUGGCAAGGAGAAGAGACUUGCCCGAAUUCCUUAUCAGUGGUAUUUGUUGGAGAGAGACAGGCGGGUUUCUGGAACUGGACAGCAUUUUCAAUCUAAGGGUCUUGAAAACAUUCCCUGAAGCACUUGGACCCCCCUCCCUAUGAAAGGAUGUACAGUUGUGCUGAGCAAUCGUAAAAUAAAGUUAUGUUAACAGAUA